AUGCUUCUGCUUUAUCCAUUCUCAAAGCCCAACUGGUCAGUCCCAUCACGCGUGGAUGUGGUGACCGCCUUGAUAUGCAAAUGCUUCAUGGAGGCUGUGGCGGAGGAGGAUGAACCGAAGCCCUUGGUGAUGGCUCAUUCAGUCAACUUGCGGAGGCGGGCAGUGCCACCAUUUCCAGAGGAUAGUUUUGGUAAUUUCGUGUGGACACCUGUUGCUGUUUGCAACAACCCUAAAGAAAAGAAGUUGAGAGAGUUGUUGGGUCUGAAUGAGGUUGACUUUGGAUGGGGAAAGCCUGUGUGGCUCUCAGGGAAUGUUGCGGAUAACUCGGAAUCGGAAACUGUGGGUAAUGGUAACUUUGUAACCUUGAUAGAUACGAGAGGCGGAGGGAUAGAAGCGUGUGUUAUUUUUGAUAAAAAAUACAUUGCCAAAUUUGAGGAAAAUGACCAUAUUCGUAAGUAUGCUCAUGUUAACCCUGGCCUAGUGUGA